AUGUCUUCCCAUGGUAGCAAUGGAAAAGAAGAGCUAACCAUUUUGCGACAAUACAUACAUCAUAUACCAAGAGAUGAACCCCAUUUCGACCGCAGGUUCAGACAAAUCGACUUCAUUCUGAGCUUUGCCAUCGAGCACUACGAUAAACAUGGAAAAGGCGACGGAUAUUUCACCCCUACUUGGAAAGUAGAUCGUGAAAGUAUUGAAUUGGUGAAAAAGUUGAAAGAAAAUCAUCCAGAAGUGAGGGUGGUUAUCAGCAUUGGAGGUGUUGGCUCUGAAUUUCCAUUCAAUCCAGCUAAAAAAGAUAGAUGGAUAUUCAACGCUGUAGACUCCAUCAAAAGAAUCAUCCUUCUCUAUAACGACGACCGUAGCUACAGAAACACAAUCGACGGUAUUGAUAUUCAUUAUGAUGUCAUCAAUUCCAGUGAAGAUGAAUUCUCCUUUUGUAUUGGGGAAGUUAUAAAACAACUCAAAAAUGAUAGAAAUUUAUCUAUCCAUGUUGUGUCCAUUGCUCCAACGAAACUCGUGGAACCCUACUAUCUGAAAUUGUAUUUGGACAACAAACACAAUAUUGACUUGGUUGAUUACCAGUUCUACAAUCAAAAAUUCUCUACAAAGGAAGAAGUUGUAGAUCUCUAUAAAAAACUGGUAAUUGAUUACAAUCCUGCUAAAGUCCUAGCAGGAAUUGGCAUUCCUGUUGACCAUAUACUUGACGAGGGCAUCAAAUACCUCGUCAAACACAAAUUACUUCCGGGUAUUUUUCUUUGGAAUUUUUUGGACUCUAUUGAUGGUCCCGACACAUUCUCUAUAGAGAAAUAUCUACAAGAUCUCUGA